CGAGGCCGGCCGGGAGGGAGCAGCCUGCUUUCUCCGGAGUCCGGAGCAGCCAAGGACCAAGCUGAGCUAGCGAAGCGCGGUGCCUGCGGGAAGCCAGGACAGCAGCAACCUCGCCACGACAUGCGGGCCUCAGGAUUGUGCCAAUGAGGACCUAAGGUGCCUGCCUGCUGACCAUCCCAGCCUGCAGUGACCAUGGCACUGAGCAAGAGGAGUCAUCAUGGCCUGGGCUUUCUUUGCUGCUUUGGAGGCAAUGACCUCCCUGAGAUCGACCUCCGGGACAACCACCCAUUACAGUAUCUGGAGUUCUCUGGUCCCAUCCCGAACCCGGAGGAGCUCAACAUCCGCUUUGCGGAGCUGGUGGAUGAAUUGGACCUCACAGACAAAAACCGAGAGGCUGUGUUUGCACUACCACCCGAGAAGAAAUGGCAGAUCUACUGCAGCAAGAGGAAGGAGCAGGAGGACCCCAACAAGAUGGCAACCAGCUGGCCCGACUAUUACAUUGAACGUAUCAACUCCAUGGCUGCGAUGCAGAACCUGUAUGAAUUUGAUGAGGAGGAGACAGACACGAGGAACCAAGUUGUAGAAGACCUGAAGACAGCCCUCCGGACACAGCCCAUGAGGUUUGUGACCCGCUUCAUCGAGCUGGAAGGCUUGACCUGCCUGCUGAAUUUCCUCCGGAGCAUGGACCACACCACGUGUGAGAGCCGCAUCCACACGUCUCUCAUUGGCUGCAUCAAGGCUCUGAUGAACAACUCUCAAGGACGGGCACACGUCCUGGCACAGCCUGAGGCCAUCAGUACCAUUGCGCAGAGUCUGCGCACAGAGAACAGCAAGACUAAGGUUGCAGUGCUGGAAAUUCUGGGUGCAGUGUGCCUUGUGCCCGGAGGCCACAAGAAGGUUCUCCAGGCCAUGCUACACUACCAGGUGUAUGCAGCUGAACGUACUCGUUUCCAGACACUGCUGAAUGAGCUGGACCGAAGUUUGGGUCGGUACCGGGAUGAGGUAAACCUGAAGACAGCCAUCAUGUCCUUCAUCAAUGCUGUCCUCAACGCCGGGGCUGGAGAGGAUAACCUGGAAUUCCGCCUACAUCUCCGGUAUGAGUUCCUGAUGCUGGGGAUCCAACCUGUGAUUGAUAAACUCCGACAACACGAGAACGCCAUCCUGGACAAGCACUUAGACUUCUUUGAGAUGGUACGGAACGAGGACGACCUGGAGCUAGCCCGGAGGUUUGACAUGGUCCACAUCGACACAAAAAGUGCCUCCCAGAUGUUUGAGCUGAUCCACAAGAAGCUGAAGCACACGGAGGCCUACCCCUGCCUUCUCUCUGUGCUGCACCACUGCCUGCAGAUGCCAUACAAGCGGAACGGUGGAUGCUUCCAGCAAUGGCAGCUCCUGGACCGCAUCCUUCAGCAGAUUGUCCUCCAGGAUGAGCGGGGCGUGGAUCCUGACCUGGCCCCACUGGAAAACUUCAAUGUCAAGAACAUCGUCAACAUGCUCAUCAAUGAGAACGAAGUGAAGCAGUGGCGAGACCAAGCCGAGAAGUUCAGGAAGGAACACAUGGAGCUCGUCAGCCGGCUGGAGAGAAAGGAGCGGGAAUGUGAGACAAAGACGCUGGAGAAGGAGGAGAUGAUGAGGACCCUGAACAAGAUGAAGGACAAGCUGGCCCGGGAGUCGCAGGAACUGCGCCAAGCUAGGGGACAAGUGGCAGAACUGGUAGCCCAACUCAAUGAUAUCUCAGUGGGCCCAGUGUCUUCCCCACCUCCCCCUGGAGGUCCACUCACCCUGUCUUCCUCCACAACAACCAAUGAUCUGCCUCCACCCCCACCCCCUCUCCCCUUUGCCUGCUGCCCACCUCCACCCCCGCCACCCCUUCCUCCUGGAGGGCCUCCUAUCCCCCCAGGUGCCCCACCCUGCUUCAACUCAGGCAUGCCCCUGCCUCAGGACCCCUUCCCCAGCAAUGAUGCCCCGCUCAGGAAAAAGCGCACCCCCCAGCCUUCACACCCACUGAAGUCCUUCAACUGGGUCAAGCUGAAUGAGGAGCGUGUCUCUGGGACCGUGUGGAAUGAGAUUGAUGACAUGAAGGUGUUUCGAAUUCUGGAUCUGGAAGAUUUUGAAAAAAUGUUCUCUGCUUAUCAGAGGCACCAGGGUGGCGUGCAGGAGGGUCCCCAGAGAGAGAGAGGAAACGUGAGAGAUGGAGGGACUCCAAGCAGACCUCUGCCAGCCGCGGAGGCGAAUGUCCGCAGAACGGAGAAUGCUUCUAGGGCUCUUGUGUCCCCUACCAGUCCCAAGAAAGAACUGGGCUCCACGGAGGACAUCUACCUAGCCUCCCGAAAGGUCAAAGAGCUGUCAGUCAUUGAUGGCCGGAGGGCCCAGAACUGUAUUAUUCUUCUCUCCAAGUUGAAACUUUCUAACGAGGAGAUACGGCAGGCCAUCUUGAGGAUGGAUGAGCAAGAAGACCUCGCUAAGGAUAUGCUGGAGCAGCUGCUCAAGUUCAUCCCGGAGAAGAGCGACAUCGACCUCCUCGAGGAGCACAAGCACGAGAUUGAGCGGAUGGCACGCGCAGACCGCUUCCUCUAUGAAAUGAGCAGGAUUGACCACUACCAGCAGCGACUCCAGGCCCUCUUCUUCAAGAAGAAGUUCCAGGAACGGCUGGCAGAGGCCAAGCCCAAAGUGGAAGCCAUCCUGCUGGCCUCCCGGGAGCUGACCCUCAGCAAGAGUCUGAAGCAGAUGCUGGAGGUGGUCCUGGCCAUUGGUAACUUCAUGAACAAGGGACAGCGUGGGGGUGCCUGUGGGUUCCGGGUAGCCAGUCUCAACAAGAUUGCUGACACGAAGUCCAGCAUUGACAGGAACAUCUCUCUGCUUCAUUACCUGAUCAUGAUCCUGGAGAAGCACUUCCCUGACAUCCUAAACAUGCCCGCGGAGCUGCGCCACCUAUCGGAAGCCGCCAAAGUCAAUUUGGCAGAACUGGAGAAGGAAGUGGGCAAUCUCAGGAGGGGCCUCCAAGCAGUGGAGGUGGAGUUGGAAUAUCAAAAGUGCCAGGCACGGGACCCCAAUGACAAAUUUGUUCCUGUCAUGAGUGACUUCAUCACAGUGUCCAGCUUCAGUUUCUCAGAGCUGGAGGACCAGCUCAAUGAGGCCAGGGAAAAGUUUGCCAAGGCGUUGACACACUUUGGAGAACAGGAAAGUAAGAUGCAGCCGGACGAGUUCUUUGGCAUCUUUGAUACCUUCUUACAGGCCUUCUUGGAGGCCCGGCAGGACCUGGAGGCCAUGAGGAGGAGGAAGGAGGAGGAUGAGCGGAGGGCACGCAUGGAAUCCAUGUUAAAGGAGCAGCGUGAAAAGGAGAGAUGGCAGAGGCAGCGGAAGGUUCUGGCAGGCGGCACACUGGAGGAGAGUGGAGAGUUUGAUGACCUGGUGUCAGCUUUGCGUUCUGGAGAAGUUUUUGACAAGGACUUAAGCAAGUUCAAGCGCAACCGCAAGCGAACAGGGACUCAGGCUCCAGAGGUCACCCGCGAGCGGGCAAUAAACAGGCUAAAUUAUUGACUUGGGGACCGGGUACUGGCCACAUAGCAGCAGGCCUGGAGAUAGGGAGACAGGCGCUGAAGAGAAGCAGCAGUGACUGAAGUGGUAUGGAAAGCUGGGUUUGGGAGCCCUGGGCUGGGUCCUAGGGGAUGUGUGUGGCUAGACCAGGUGUCUCCCACACUGAUGGAGGGUCUUCUCUCAUCUCCCUGCUACAUCAUUCAUUCACGUCCUGUCUCUCCCUGUGACCCUCCCUCUCCUGACCAUCACUCUCUAAGACCAGCUUCGAUAUCCCUGGCAGGCCCUGGGCUUUGGUCAGGAAAUCCCAGACUGGAGGACAUGGUUCUCCACACCUUAUGUUGGCACGGAGCUGUUUAAAAUCCAGGAGACCACAUUCCUUUUCCGAACUCUCAUACAUUAUGGGGUGAUGGAGUGGGACCCGAGAGCCAGCAGCAGGGACUCAUGGCUCCCAUCGGAAGAGACAGCUCAAUAGAACAUGGAUCUGGGGUAGACUAGAGGCCUUAUGUGUUCUAGUAAGAUAGCUCUAGCAUCCAGAAGGACGCAUGUAGAGAGGGACCAGGCCCAGCAAGCAAGUUAUUUGCAUUUUUCCUAGAGUAAGUUCUGUGGUCUCUCCUCUUCUCCCAGCCACCCCCAUCCCACUCACUAAUCUCUGGUUCCCAGAUUCAUCUCUGGAUUGCAGAACUCUGGCUCCCCAGCAGCUUAUACUAUGGCUCUGGUAAGAAGGGGUGUGGAAGAAGACCCUUCUUCGCUUUACCAGGUUCAGGCCUAGGGACCCCAAAGCAAACCCCAAGGCAACCUGACCAUUGUCUGGGUUCCCAGUGGUUUCUGAUCAGAGGACAGCUCUCAAAUGCUUCACUCCCGUGGGAGUGCCUCAUGGCCGGUUCACUCGGCCGGUCCCUUCCAUGCCAGUGGUCUCUCUGACUCCAUCUGAGGUCACGCGGAGCUCCGCGUACUUGGCUGCAGCUGGCCUUGGGAGCUGCUCCUGAGGGCUAAAACCACCCUCCACAUUUGACUGUCAUUCUGAGGGAGACGUGUAGACGGGGUUGAGAUCAGGGGAUACUGAGAGGAGGGAGAGGAGAGCUUCUGAAGGAUGCUCACCUCAGGGUUUUGCCCCCUCAUCGUGCCCAGUUGCAUAGGGCCCCUCUGGCCCUAUUUCCUCUUUUUCUGUCCGUCUUCAGUUGUUUUAAUGGCACGGGUGGGCAGCACUACAUCUACACAAAUGUUCUAAAUGGAGUAGGGAAGAUCAGCUCCGUGGAGGUUCUAAUUGUCUAAAGUACCCUGUUCCCUCUCAUCUUGAGACAGUCUUGCAAGGUUACCAUCUGCCAGCUCCUGGAUCAUCCCAUCUAACCCCCUGUCUCAGCGUCAUUGCCAGUGGCUGUGGAUGUUCACGCCUGUAAUUGCCCAUCUUCUGUUUUCCUGCAUGAGACUCUCAGGGGGUGGGACCGUAGUAGCCGUGGGGAGGAGAAACACAGGUUCAGCUCGGCAUGUGCACUGAUUUGAGAGGGGCAGCAAAUAGAAGCCAGCCCGAGAGGGCAAAGGGGCUUCUAGGAAGAGUGGCUAAUGCCCCCCGUCACCCCAACAAGCAAACUCUUGAGAGUGAGGAAGCCGGAGCUGGACAACCUCCCAUCUUCUUCCAAACUGGCCAGGCUGUCAGCCUAACAAGUUAGGGGCAGGCAGCAGGCAUGGCUGUGUUCUGCCGUCCCAAGCACCACACAGACUGGACAAGCACUGGGAAAGACAAGAUGGAAGUUCCUGAAGGAACAUGUUGGAUCCUCAGAAAAGCCAUUUGGCAUCUCUCCAGAGCCCAGCCAUUUCACCCCAAAUAAUUUUGCCUUCUCUAUUUAUUAUUUUCCAAAUCUGGCCAGUGGCUCUGGUGCUGUAUGUCUUUGUACCAGAUUUCAACAGUGCCUUGGACCACGGACCAUGGUGGGUGACUGAGCAGAAAGUGACUGGUGCCCAGCAGAGGUCCUCAAUGUUAGAUGACGUCUACCCCAGUAUUGCCCUACCCUUCCUGCUGACUGUGGGUCAACUGCUCCAGGUAACCUUGUGCACAAUGCAAGAUUCACAGUCCAGCCAAUGCAUCCCUUCUCAGCAGAGGCAAUUUCCUUCCCCAAAUGGAAGUUUGUCCAGGGGGUAGGACAAUGCUCUCCAGGUGGGUAGAGUCAGGCAUGGGUGCUUCCCAUCCACUCCUAUUGCCACCAACUGAGGAGCUGUGACCACCUCCCCAGGACAUGUGUCAGCCUUUAUGCCAAGACCACUCACCAGCUGCUGCAGAAGACAAAUAAGGCUCAAAUAUGUACAGAAUCCUACAGUGUCCUUUUUACCUGCACCCUUUUUUAAGAAUAUAUUGUAAUACUAAAAGAUAUUAAAUUCAUCCUCACCCCAA